CGCCUCCCCCCGGAGCCAGGCGAGCGGAGCCGGCAGCAUGUGGAACGCGACGCGGACCGAGGAGCCGGAGGAGCCGGGCCUCAACCUCACGCUGCCGGACCUGGGCUGGGACGCGCCCCCGGACAACGACUCGCUGGCGGACGGGCUGCUGCCGCUCUUCCCGGCGCCGCUGCUGGCGGGCGUGACGGCCACCUGCGUGGCGCUCUUCGUGGUGGGCAUCGCGGGCAACCUGCUCACCAUGCUGGUGGUGUCGCGCUUCCGCGAGCUGCGCACCACCACCAACCUCUACCUGUCCAGCAUGGCCUUCUCCGACCUGCUCAUCUUCCUCUGCAUGCCCCUCGACCUCGUGCGCCUCUGGCAGUACCGGCCCUGGAACUUCGGCGACCUGCUCUGCAAACUCUUCCAGUUCGUCAGCGAGAGCUGCACCUACGCCACGGUGCUCACCAUCACGGCGCUGAGCGUCGAGCGCUACUUCGCCAUCUGCUUCCCGCUGCGGGCCAAGGUGGUGGUGACCAAGGGCCGCGUGAAGCUGGUCAUCCUGGUCAUCUGGGCCGUGGCCUUCUGCAGCGCCGGGCCCAUCUUCGUGCUGGUGGGCGUGGAGCACGAGAACGGCACCGACCCGCGGGACACCAACGAGUGCCGCGCCACCGAGUUCGCCGUGAGCUCGGGGCUGCUCACCGUCAUGGUGUGGGUGUCCAGCGUCUUCUUCUUCCUGCCCGUCUUCUGCCUCACCGUGCUCUACAGCCUCAUCGGCAGGAAGCUGUGGCGCCGGCGGCGCGGCGAGGCCGUGGCCACCUCGCUCCGGGACCAGAACCACAAGCAAACAGUGAAGAUGCUGGCUGUCGUGGUGUUUGCUUUCAUCCUCUGCUGGCUGCCCUUCCACGUAGGACGAUACUUAUUUUCCAAGUCUUUCGAGCCUGGCUCCCUGGAGAUUGCUCAGAUCAGCCAAUACUGCAACCUUGUGUCCUUUGUCCUCUUCUACCUCAGCGCCGCCAUCAACCCCAUUCUGUACAACAUCAUGUCCAAGAAGUACCGGGUGGCAGUGUUCAAACUUUUGGGAUUUGAGCCUUUCUCCCAGAGGAAGCUCUCCACCCUGAAGGAUGAAAGCUCCCGGGCCUGGACAGAAUCUAGUAUUCAUACAAGACCAAACACAUCGCUGAGCAGAGUCAUCGCUUACUAUUCUGCACUGGAAACCAUAGCACAGCAGAACUUGGGAGGAAGUUGAAGGUUAACUUUGGAAUUGGGGAGAGAUAGGUCUGGAAACAGUUGGGAGGGAAGAAAAGAUAGAGUUUGUAGUGUGUGAGAGGUUUAAUUUGAUUGCACGCUCAUCCGUGCUCUCAUACAGGAUUUCUGCAUAUUCACUACCUGUGAUUUUGCAUUUUGCCGUUGGUGCUAGCAAGGGCUUUGCAAUUUGGAGAAAGGAGAAGGUGCAGAGAGGGCAAUUAGGGUAAUUCUUGCUGGAUAAAUACUAAAUCUGAUUUACUUUUUCAUAAUGAUAAAAAUUUGAUUAAAAGAAUGAAAUUAAAAAUUUAAAACGUGAAUUUUUAAAACUAGUAAUUUUCAUACCGCUCCAGAUCAGUGCUGUCCAAGAGAAAUAUAAUGCAAGAUCCUGAAGCAAUCAAUAUAAAAAUUAUUAAGAAUAAUUUUUUAAUGCAAAGUCUUUGAAAUCUGGUGUUUUACAUUUACAGUGCACUUUAAUUUGGACAUUACGUUUUUAUCAGUAAUACUUGCUAUAUUUAGAUUUCAUAAAAUUUGCAGAUGAGAAAAUAGAUUUGUAAACCUAAGUUGUUCAAAUACAUGUAAAAUUUUUCCAAUAACUGAAACUAUUACAAGUUUUAAAACUGAAAAUGUAUUGAAAUUAAAAAUUCAAGUAUUCAGUGACAAAUGUGGCUAUUAGUUACUAUAUUGGCUAGUUCAGCUCUAGAGUAUAUGUAAAAUUGUUGUUAACCUUACAAAAUGUUAAACAAUACUCAUUUCCUGGAAUGUUUUUAUUGCAAAAUAAGCAUUGCAGAGUUUUAGCAUGAUGAAUCCCCUAAAUCACACCUGAAUGCUCUAUUCAUGCUUGGAAGGAAAUGGAUAUGAAAUAUAAGAUGCAAAAAAAGUAAUAUAAUAUGCACUUUAAAUCUAGGUGAAUUAUAUGUGAUAAUAUUCAGGAAAUGAAACUUUAUAAAAAUUAUAGAAUAUCACAAACUGCCUUAUUUGGCUUAACAAAAAUAUUAAGUCAACCAUAAGGCUUUGAUUUGUGAAUAAAGGAAUAAUUUAUAACAGAUUCUGGAAAGCUUACAGGAACCUAAUGAACAUAGAAAAUUUUCAAAUGGUGAAAAAUUCAGAAUCCCUUAAAUGCUAUUGCUUAGUGAUGUUCCGGUUAGUUAUUCCAUUCCUUCACCUACAGCUAUUCAUUUCAAAAUGCCUGUGCCACGUUCUGUCUUCAAAUUAGUCUCCCUGUUUACAUCCCACUGCUUAUCGGAUAGAUGUGUUUACUUGGACUUCCAGUCUCCUUCUCAAUCAUAAUGAUGAAUGAUUGCAUACCUUCAACUGGAUAUUGUACAUUUUAGUUAUAAAUGUAUA